AUGGCGUUAACGAUUGCUCUGCCCCUGUCCGGUCUGGAGCCUGAGCAUUUCGGUUCGUUGGGUGCGAGACUUUUAUACGAACAAGGUAUGAGAACUUUGUCUGGUUGCGGACCAAUCUCGCCAAGCACUGCAAGUGAAUCGAGUGGAGUCAGUAGUUUAGUGCCUUCCAUCGAAUCAUCUACACCGGAACAAACGCCGGCUUCUUCCAGGCCAGGUACACCCGUCACGGAAAUGACGAAGAAGCAAGAGGAGCAACCGCUCCGAGUGUAUUACAGGCAGAGAGACAUAUUAAAUUUGGGAGCAAACAUCAGAGAACCAUUCUGGCAAAUGAGAAUCCCAAUGAUGCCUCGGUACGACUUUCGGAGUUUCAUGGAAAAUAGAUCGGUGUACUAUCGCUUAGGUGAAUAUGGAUUAACGGAAGAUUAUCCAAUGCGAAUCUGCAAAGACUGUGGCUUUUGCGAACCAUCGCCGUACCUGUUUUAA